AUGGAAAUCAUCAACAGCACUGAGAUCAAGGAAUUUAUCCUCCUGGGACUAUCAGAAAAUCCAAAGAUACAGGUCAUUUUGUUCCAAUUAUUUUUGUUAUUGUACAUGUCAACUGUUCUUGGUAAUUUGUUGCUUAUUGUCGCAGUGAGAACAGACCAUCGUCUGCACCACUCUAUGUACUUCUUCCUCUCAAAUCUCUCCUUCCUGGACAUCUGCUACACCUCAAUCAUUGUACCCAAGAUGUUGGUGAACAUCGCCAUAUCUUCCAAAAACAUCUCCUUUGCCGGCUGCCUUCUUCAGGUUUAUUUCUACCUUUUUAUGGGGGAAACGGAGUGUAUCCUGUUGGCUUUCAUGGCAUUUGACCGAUAUGUUGCCAUCUGUACCCCCUUACAUUAUAACAUGAUUAUGAACACAGUCUCUUGUGUUAGGAUGAUCUGCAUCUCCUGGGUUAUUGGUUGUAUUAUCUCCUCCAUUGAUAUAUAUUUUAUCUAUCAGUUGAGGUUCUGUGGACCCGUUACCAUUGACCACUUCUUCUGUGAAACUCCCUCAUUGCUACAAUUAGCCUGCAAUGACAUCUCAUCAAAUAACAUCGUAACAAUAGUUGGUGGCUCCCUAUUACUUAUCAUUCCCGUAUGCCUUAUUCUUUUUUCUUACGUGCAGAUUUUUUUAGUUCUUGUUAAAGUUGGCUCUCGAAGGUACAAGACCUUUUCUACAUGUGUGUCGCAUCUCAUUGUAGUCACCAUCUUCUAUGGGACUGCUACAUUCAUGUAUAUGAAGCCAAGGUAUUCAGCUACAGAGGUUACCGACAAGAUGGUGUCUGUUUUUUACACAGUUGUCACUCCCAUGUUAAACCCUUUAAUAUACAGUCUUAGAAAUAAGGAUAUACGAAGAGCUCUGAGACAGAUGAAGAAACACUGCCCCGUAAUAACAUUAUAA